AAAUUAAUAGUUUAGUAAAUUGGGGCAAUGGGGGGGCCAUAUAUAUACAAAAUUGUUGACUUUAUUGGUGUUAUACACGGCUGGUUAAGGAAAUUUGAAAACAUUGGGGGGGCCAUGGCCCUCACCCGCCCCUAUAAGGAUCCGCCACUGCCCACAAACAUGCUAUAAAUACAUGGCAAUGAAGGCAUAUAACACAUACACAUGUACACAAAUACAAAGAGAAAAUGUCUAAAGCACCAGCUCAAGAAGAAGCAGUGCAUGCUUAUGGAUGGGCUGCUAGAGAUUCCUCAGGAAUUCUUUCCCCCUACCAUUUCACUAGAAGGGCUAACGGGGAUAAUGAUAUCACCAUCAAGAUACAAUAUUGCGGAAUUUGCCAUGGAGACAUUCACCUCGUAAAGAGCAAAGUAUGGUCAACCAUUUAUCCGACUGUGCCCGGGCAUGAAAUUGUUGGCCAAGUGACCAAGGUUGGGCUCAACGUCAAAAAAUUCAAAGUUGGAGAUGUCGCCGGAGUAGGGUGCAUGAUGGGUUCAUGUGGCUCGUGCGAGAACUGCAAACAAGACUUGGAAAAUUACUGCCCCAAAAUGUUAUGGACCUUCAAUGGACAAUAUGAAGAUGGAACAAGAGCCUUUGGGGGAUAUUCAGAUAAGUUUGUUGUGGAAGAGCACUUUGCCGUCCGAAUCCCAAAUGACAUUCCACUAGCAGGUGUCGCCCCGCUAUUGUGUGCUGGGAUUACCGUGUAUAGCCCCCUGAAAUAUUUCGGACUAGUCCCCCAGCCCGGUAGCAAGAAACAUUUGGGUGUUGUUGGGCUUGGAGGUGUAGGUCAUAUGGCCGUGAAGUUUGCCAAAGCUUUCGGAGCAAAGGUUACUGUGAUUAGUUCCUCUCCGAGUAAGGAAAAGGAAGCAGUGGAACGACUUGGUGCAGAUUCAUUUUUGAUCAGUCAUGACCAUGAGAAAUUGGAGGCUGCCUUGGGCACCAUGGAUGGUAUCAUCGACACUGUUUCUGCUUCUCACUCUCUCCUCCCAUUGAUUGGCUUGCUGAAAACUAGUGGAAAACUAAUUUUGGUGGGUGCUCCAGUGGAGCCACCUGAGCUUCCCGUCUUCCCUUUAAUUAUGGGGAGGAAAGUUAUUGCUGGUAGUGCAAUUGGGGGAAUGAAAGAGACUCAAGAGAUGAUAGAUUUUGCAGCAAAGCACAACAUCACAGCGGAUGUCGAAGUUAUUCCAAUGGAUUAUGUGAACACUGCUCUUGAACGACUUGAGAAGGGCGACAAUGUUAGAUAUCGCUUUGUCAUCGAUGUUGCCAACAUGAUAAAAUGUGCAAACUAGUUCGAUCAAGUUGUAAAGCUUUAAGCCUUUAGUAUCUGACUAGAUAGAAAGGCCCGCGCGAUGCUGCGGAUCUUUUAAUAGCAGUAAUAAUUGGUGUAUUGUUGCAAAAAAAGGGAAUGAGAAAACAAAGAAGAAUA